AUGCCACAAGGACGAGCGCGUCUGUUUGUGGGCCAGCUGAACUUCGAUGCGACAGAGGAAGAUGUGUUUGCACUCUUCGACUUCUACGGGAAUGUUCUUCAUGUAAACAUCCUUCGUGAUAGGGGAACCAACCGAAGUAAGGGAAGCGCGUUUGUUGAAUACGCCACGACAUGGGAAGCUGACUUCGCUAUCACGGCGCUGCACAAUCGCUACAACAUGGAGCGUGAGAAGCCGCUGCAGGUGUCUUACUGUGGGAAGUCUGAUAUAAUCUCUGACUAUGGUCGGGAGCAUGCUCUUCAGCUUCACCGCGAGAACAGUGCGAAUCCUGCACCUCCUGACCGAGCGGUGCAGAGGUAA